AUGCAGCACUAUGGAGUAAAUGGUUACUCACUGCACGCAAUGAACUCGCUAAGUGCCAUGUACAAUCUGCACCAACAGGCAGCGCAACAGGCUCAGCAUGCCCCCGACUACCGACCGUCUGUGCAUGCCCUCACCCUGGCAGAGAGGCUGGCCGGCUGUACAUUUCAAGACAUAAUUUUGGAAGCUCGAUAUGGAUCACAGCACCGCAAACAGAGACGCAGUCGCACGGCAUUCACAGCCCAGCAGCUUGAAGCUCUGGAGAAGACAUUUCAAAAGACCCACUAUCCUGAUGUAGUAAUGAGAGAGAGGCUAGCUAUGUGCACCAACCUACCUGAAGCCAGAGUACAGGUUUGGUUUAAAAACCGAAGAGCUAAAUUCCGCAAGAAGCAACGCAGUCUUCAGAAAGAGCAGCUACAAAAGCAAAAGGAUCCAGAAGAGAGUAAUAAUGAGGUCAAGGUUGACUCCACACCUGCGGAUCCUGCAACACCCAGCCAUGAAUCAAAAAAAAAACACAGUUCAGUGAGUGAUACCAGUGCAGAGUUUAAUCUUACCCUCUCAGAACAGUCUGCCAGUGAAUCAGCUGCAGAAGAGCAGACAGAUAAAGAAGAGGAACUAAAAACUCCAUUUGAGGAGCCUAAAGUGGAAAAAAGUCCAAUACCUGACAUCAAAGCAUUGAACUGCAAGAGGUCAAGUCCCAAAACAGAUUCUCCAGCCACUCUGACACCAGCUGCCAGCAGUUGUCUUGCACCAACUCAUUCAUACUCCUCUUCACCUUUGAGCCUGUUUCGUCUCCAAGAGCAGUUUCGUCAGCACAUGGCAGCUACCAACAAUCUGGUCCAUUAUUCUUCUUUUGACAUGGCAAACCCUCCAACAGUACCCUACUUGGGCAUGAACGUCAGCAUGGCACCCCUGAGUUCUCUGCACUGUCAGUCCUAUUACCAGUCAUUGUCACAUGCACAGCAGGUCUGGUCCUCUCCAAUCCUUCAGACCUCAGGUGGUCUCCCAUCUUUAAAUAGCAAAACAACCAGUAUUGAAAACUUGAGGCUUAGAGCAAAGCAACAUGCUGCCUCCUUGGGACUUGACACAUUGCCCAACUGA